CCAAAACGGGAACACAGCCCAAAACUUCUUUCCCGAUCGUAGGACCGGCGAUCUCCUUUCCUAUCCACUCCCUGAUCACUGUUUCGGCCGCCGGUUGUGGAGGCCAAGGCGGCGAUCGACGCUCCGAGCGACGGCGAUCUUGACUCCGGCCGUCCCUUCAACGAUCGAAGGCUGCUCCACGCGAAACAAGGCUCUCUCCUGCGACGCCGCUACCUUCUAUCGAUAGUUCUCUCUUUCUCGACUUUCUGGCGAGCUCAAGGAUUUCCAGCAAUUCUCUUUACUCAGGACAUUCCCCCGCUCAGGAUAACAGCAGCUUCUUAAAGAACAGGCAAAGUCACGGCUGUGGCUGGGAUACUAUCUGCUCGUCUUUUUCGUAUUUAAAUUCAGUUUCCUCCAGAUCAUCUGGUUUAAAAUUAUUGAACUUUUGUUGCUGGUUAGUUAUAAUUAGGAUAUUCCUUUGUUUAUAUAAUGGCUUCGGCUUCACGAUUUCAAGCUGCUUCACUAGCAACUUCACCAUUGUAUCCAAAUGCCAUAGCUUGGUCUGAUGAAAACCUUAUCGCUGUUGCCUGCGGAUCGCUUGUCACCAUUCUGAAUCCUGCAUUGCCUUCUGGACCUAGAGGCUUAAUCACAAUUCCAACUUGCGAACUUUAUCCAAUUGGGUUGGUAAAAAGAGAAGAUUUUUUAACUGGAUGUUUAUUGCCCACUGCAUUGUCUAAGGAUUUUCGUCCAAUUGUUCGUUCAGUUUCUUGGUCUCCAGUAGGAAUGGCUCCAAACUCGGGGUGCUUGCUCAUAGUUUGCACUACAGAAGGACGUGUGAAGCUUUAUCAACCGCCAAUUAAUGAUUUUUCUGCUGAGUGGAUAGAGGUUGUAGAUAUAUCAGAUAGUCUAUAUGAUUAUCUUGCAAAUACCAAUUUUGGAGAGUCAGGAACUCCAGACUCGGAGUUUGCUGACGAGCAAACAACACAAUUGGGGUGUACUGAUGACCAUGCUAAUAUUUUUCCAAACUCUAUUAAGCGAAGAAGAGCAAAUGCGAGUAAUGGCAUGUCCAUUUGUUGGAGUGUGGUGCAUGCUUUCCAAAAGUAAAGGAAUGCUGCAAGAGAACUAUCCAAGCACUAAGGAGUCUAAAACUCUUGGAGGUGAAAUAAUCGGUCUUAAAGAUGGUGAGAAGUCCCGUGCUCGAUCAAGCCCUCAAACUGAUAUGAGGGAAGAGCAGUUGCCUAAGGUUAUUGAGAUUAAUCGUGACAAGAGGAAAAAAAUUACACUUGAAAAAUGUUCACUACCGCAGAUAACUGCCAACCAAUAUGCUUCUCGCAGAAAAUUGUUGUCAUCACUUGUUGUUGCCUGGUCACCAAUGUUGUGCCUUCCAUCUAAAAUCUGUUCAGUUCAUCAAAAUGGCUCCUCCCACAGAUUUUCUGUACUUGCAGCUGGAGGAAAGUCUGGUAAAAUUUCAAUCUGGAGAAUUUAUGCACCACAACAGUACUCUAUUGAGCGCAGUAGUGUUUCUCGUGGUGUGAUGCUUGUCGGGCUUCUACAGGCACAUAAUUCGUGGGUCACUGCAAUCAGUUUGGCAUUACAUGGUUCUGAUUCUAAUCCUCAGCUUUUAUUGGCUAGUGGGAGUUCUGAUGGGAGUGUGAAGAUUUGGUUGAGGAGUUGCGAGGAAUUGCUGGAGUCAUCAGAAUCAAAUAAUGCUCCUUUUUUUCUGCUGAAGGAGGUUAUUUCUGCCAAUGCUGUCCCAAUUUCAGUAAUUUCAAUAGUAAUACCUGUUCGGGAAAUGCCCAAUAUGCUCUUAGCGGUUGGCAAAUUAUCUGGUUCGCUUGAAGUAUGGACAUCUGAUUUAUCUAGUUGCAAAUUUGAUAAAGCUGGUUCACAUGAUGCUCAUGACCGGGCUGUUACAGGUUUAGCUUGGGCAUUCGAUGGGUAUUGUUUGUACAGUUGCAGCCAGGAUAAUUAUGUUCGUUGCUGGCAAUUCCAUGAGAGUUCUUUUUGUGAAGUAACCAUUACUUCAAGUACAUUGGGUCUGAGGAGCUCGACUGAUCUUCCAGAUGUAUUCCUUUCAUGCCUUGGUGUUGCAGUAUCUCCUGGAAACCUUGUUGUUGCUAUGGUUCGUAAUCUUGAUGUUGAUCAAUUGGAUCACAUGUAUGAGGCAAGGGUACAAAAGGCUGUGGUUGAGUUCUUCUGGAUUGGUGGCCAACAAUUGGAUAUGUUGCCCAACAUUUCUAUAGACUUUGUUACUGAAUCUUUCCUUGAUUAUCCUGCAAGUGAAUUGGUUUGUUGGGAGUCAAACAUUCUGUGGUCUCUAAAAAAAUUUGAAAAUCUGGAAAAGCUACUAGUUAUCUGGGAUAUCAUAGCAUCAUUAUUGGCUUUCAAGAAAUCUGUGCCAGAGUUUGUCGACCAUGUACUGGCGAGUUGGCUUUCUGUGACAUAUUUUGGGUCCCAUAUGAAUCUCUCUAUUAAUGAGGUGUUGACACGCAUCCCUGAUGACUUCUCAAAAAUAACCUCUCGCCGAUUGCAAAUUCUCAAUGUCAUCUGUCGAUGCUUAGUAAUACCUGGGUUUAAGGCUGAUGAAAUUGACAUUAAAGCAAAUUUUAAGGGACCAACCAGCGAUAUGGAUAAAGCUACUGAAAUUGAUCAACAAACGCUGUGGAUAAAGCUACUUCACAGGAGUGAAAAAGAACUCCAGGAAAGGCUUGUGGCUUUUAGUCUUUCUGCAUUUUUAGCCAAAACUGUUUCCCAGACUGGAUACUGGCAUCCUUUUGGAGUUCCACAAAUGGAGCAGUGGGUUGAGCUUAAUCAUGAUCAUGUCAGGGGUCAAUUAAAAGUCCUUUUGUCAGAAGUGCAAAAGAACAAAAGAAGGCUUUCAUCCAAUGAAUAUAGAGUAGAAGAACAAUGUGGCUAUUGCUCAGCAUCAGUUCGGUUUAAUUCUCCAGAAAUUGCAUUUUGCCAAGGUUUGGAAGGCAAUAACAGAGAUGUGCAGAAACACAAAUUAGUAAGAUGUGCUGUUUCUAUGCGAGUUUGCCCAGCUACACCAUUAUGGUUUUGCAAGUGUUGCAAUAGACGAGCUUCGACAUUGGCACCGCAGACUCUUUUUACAAUGUCUGAAUACCCUCUAGAUUAUAAAUCUUUGAUAGAAUCUCAUGCUGCAGUAGAAUUGUUAAGACCCUUGUGUCCCUUUUGUGGGAUACUGCUCCAAAGAUUACAACCGGACUUUCUACUUUCUGUAUCACCAGUAUAGGUUUCACUUUUAUUUAUUUAUUUAUUUUGAGUAGAAUAGGCUUCACUUUUUGUCUUAGAUGACUAGUUCACCGUAAUAUUAUUAGGGUUAGAAGCAAGUUAUAGAAUGUACAUUCUGAUUAAGCCAUUUUAUUUGUGGUGUGAGGUGUUGGAAAUGCUUAGGUAUGACAUGAUGGGAUUGUUUU